AUGUGUUCCUCCCUCCCUCUUUCCUCCUUCCCUGUCUUCUCCUUCCCUCCCUCUUUCCUUCCUUUGGAAAUGUGAUUGACAUACAGAAAGGUGUAUGUGUUUGAUGUGUAUAUCUUGAUGCUGGCCUGGGCCUUCUUCAGCCUCUUGGACAGCGACGUUUCUUCUCGUUUGUUCCUGGGAGGAGGAAGCACAGCAGAGCUGUGGUGCUCAGUCUAGUGGGCGGCUAGGAAAUAAAUGACCAGGACGUGAAUGCCAGGAAUGGCAAGAUCAGCAAAGGUGCUUUAAGGGGAACAGGAGGUGCAAGAAGGUCCAUGGAGGCCCCACAGGGCAGAAAGGGAGGGCUCUCAGAGACAGUGAGGGAAGAGGUUUUAGACAGAGAGCAGCUGGUGCAAGGGGCUUGGGGUAGGAAGGACCUUUGUAAAGGACUAGCAGCCAGGAGUGUUCUGUGACUGGUCCAGGAACGACAGUUUGGAUGAGGUGGUAAAGUUGGACAAAGACCAGAGGGCAGUGUGGGAGGCUGGAAUUUAUCCCUGGGAGCAUAUGAGGGUCAAGCACAUCAGUAGUGAAGUGUGGAUCUGCUAGGAAAACAUCGCCAUUAUUAUCUUCUGUUAUAGCGGAGGAUGCUGCAGCCCCAAACACAGCCUGGAUGUGUUUUCAUAGGCGGCAGAUCCUUAUGGAGACCAGGCAAGGUGGCUGAGUGGUCUUACGGGAUUUGCUAGGAGGUACAUUCUGUCUCUUGUCUCUCUCCCUGUCAUAUUCAAAUCCUGGUUCUGUCAUUUGCUGACUGUGUGAUCUCAGGCAGGUGGCUUCACUUCUCUGUGCCUUAGUUAUCUCAUCUGUAGAAUGGGCACAAUAGCAGUAUCUGCCUCACAGGUAGGAAUAAGAAUGGAAUGAGUUCACAUAUAAUCUGAGCUAGGCAUGGCAGUACAUAAAUGUAAUCCCAAAAGGGUAGCUGAGGCAGGAGGAUAGAGAGUUCCAGACUGAUCUGGACUAUACAGCAAGACCCAUUUAAAACAAACACCCAUCCUCUACCAAUGACAACGACAACAAAAAGCUUCAGACAGUGUCUGCUGCUAAAGAAAUUUGCAGGAGUGAGCAGGCUUCUCCUUGACAGGUGCUUCUGUCUUUGUAGUGUCUACUGUUAGGGCCUGAGGCCUGCUGACUGCCUGUUCCUCUGUUAUCCCAGCCAGGCCAGACAGUGAGCUGGCUGGCCAAGGUGGGUGACUUGUCCUCUGUCCUGUAACAUACAGGACUAGAGGGGCCUUCAAUGCUCAGAAGGAAGGAAAGUGGACAGGAACCAUUUCCUGUCUCCUCCUGCCCCACCCAAGCCCUGACCCAGCCUUCUCCUGGGUAGAGGAGUGUUUUGCCAGGGCUGGGGUCUCCUUCCCCUGGACCUCACAAUACCCUGGGGAGUGACAGAACCUUGGACUGGCAGAAGGGACAGGUGGAUCCCGCCAGGGAUCCCUCCCAGCAGGGUUGCAGUCUCCUCUGUGAACUAUGGGUUUCAGGUUGUCCCCCUGCUGGUGGUCCUGCUGUUCAGGGGUUAAAUGGGACAUCUUGGGUCACUCCACUGUGGUUGCCCCUCUUGAUCCUUCAAGCUGGCUCAAAGCCAGCCCCUCAAGCCUUGAGCACUCCCAGUAGGCUGUCCCCUAAGGUCCCACUCUUCUCAUUCAUGGGACUGAAGCCCAGCCACCUGCUGGCACACGGGGGAAAGGUCGCAUUGAGGAGUGGUGGGAGGAAAGUACCCAGGUGGGACUCCCCCUGUUGAUUUUGGCAAGUGACUCAGCCGGGCCUGUCUGGGGUUUCCAUUAGUCAACUUGGAUGACAAUGGAGUUGCCUCAUAGGAAGGCUACCCAGACCACACUAAUUCUCACUGCGCCCCGUUUAAUCACGGAAAGAUUAAAUGUUCAGGAAGAGCACUUUCCCGUGCCGGGCAUUGAAGGCCAACUAGAAUCCCGUGCAACACUGCCUGAUGUGCUGCCGACUGUACAGGCUCCAGUUCGGAUAAGAGCCCGGCGGGGUGAGCCGGCGGGCGCCGCUGCGGCCAGGUUCCCGCACCAGGCUGCCAGUCACCCAUUGCGAUCACUGCCUGGCCCUCCUUCCCACUCCUCGAACACUCCGAGCCGGCGGGUUCAUCUGCCAGGCCCCGGAAGUUGCGCAAAUACCGGCUACCUGAGCCAGGUGGGCGGGAGGCGCGCAGGCUGCUGGCAGGAGGCGGCUUGCGCAGCCAGCCGAGCCCGGCAUCCAGCUGCCAACUUUGUGCCUGUAUCUGUCUCCUCGCCUCUGCCCUCGGGGUAUGUAACCGCCAUGCCCGUGGACACGCUGAGCCCUGCAGCCCCCGCCGCUCCUGCCCUACCUUUUCGCCUGCGAACCAAGGUCCCCAGCUACCUGCUACCAAGGCCAGCGGAUGGGGGAGCCCGAAAGCUGAGUGCUGUGGAACGCUUGGAGGCUGACAAGGCUAAGUAUGUCAAGAGCCUCCAUGUGGCCAACACCCGCCAGGAGCCUGUGCAACCGCCGCUGGCCCGACAGCCCCUCUUCAGCCCUGGUCCUCGGGGGCCAGUGCUCACACCUAGCCGCCGAGUCUUGCCCUGUCCUGGCCGCCGGCCCCAACUGGACAUUGACAUCCUUAGCAGUCUCAUCAACCUGUGUGAUAGUCCUGUGACCCCGGCUGAGGCCAGCCGAACGCCUGGACGGGCAGAAGGAUCUGCCCACAAGGUCCCACCAGCCACCCCUCCUCGUCCGCCGCCUAGUACGGUCGCUGUGCGCCGAGUGGAUGUUCGUCCCCUACCUGCUUCACCUGCUCGUCCUUGUCCAUCGCCUGGCACCACUGCCACCUCCAGCCCGGGCCGGCCACCUGGCCUGCAACGCUCCAAGUCGGACCUGAGCGAGCGCUUUUCCAGGGCAGCAGCAGACCUCGAGCGCUUCUUUAACUUCUGCGGCCUGGAUCCCGAGGAAGCACGAGGAUUGGGGGUGGCCCACCUAGCAAGGGCCAGCUCGGACAUCGUGUCUCUAGCCGGCCCGAGUGCUGGACCUUGCAGCUCCGAAGGGGGCUGUUCACGCCGCAGCUCUGCUACGGUGGAGGAGCGGGCCCUGGAGCGUGUCCCCUACGGGGUGUCUGUGAUUGAGCGCAAUGCCCGCGUGAUCAAGUGGCUGUAUGGGUUGCGGCAGGCACGUGACCCUCCGGCUACUGAGGGCUAGGUCUCCUGGACUCAGGCUUCCCGGAAGGACAUCGUGAAGAGGCAGUUGGCACCUUGUCCUUUCUUGUAUUCAUUGGCUGCCGUCCGGCAGACCAGAGGCAGCUCCCUUGGUUGAACUUUGUGUAGAGGCCAAGACUUAGUCCUAGACUAGCAUCCUCUGGCAAGCAAGGACUGACCUACAGAGGCUUGCUGUUGCCCUUGGCCUCCCCUACCCCUAAACAAGGUUUGUGACACAGUGUGCUUCUGCCUGGUUCCUCUGGUAAGGCUGGAUUUGGGCUGCUUCCCCUCCACUGAGUUGGGAACCAAGUACUUUGCCAAGCCUGUCUGUCCCGGGCCGUUUCCUUCUUCCUUCUCUGUCCUCCUUUGCUGACUUCCUCUUCCUUACUGAAUGGGCCCUGGCUUCCGGGGAACUCGCUCAGGGGAGGAGGUUGAGAGGUUGGGAUCUGUCUACCGCUCUUCCUGGUCUUUGGCAGGUGGUCUGGGUGGGUAAACUAUCCCAGGAGGGACUGGCUAGGAGCUGCUGCUCAGAACCUCUGUGGUUAAUAAACACAAAUGUCUGUUUCUCAAA